CAAAGAAGAUUGAAAAUUUGACCUUAUUACAUCAUACAUCACCGACAAUGGUAGGCCAGGAAAUAGUAUUAUCAGAAACAGUUAUUGUUGACAAAACAAAAUCGUUUUUUUGGUUCAGAUACUUAUGUUGUUAACACCUUUGAUUUUCGUGAUAUAAUACCUACCCAUCUAAAUGAUUAAACCACUAUUAUCAUGUGUUGUCCCUUUAUCAGCUCAGCUUGAUAUCAGUAACAUUCUUCCCUCCAGUUCCAUGGGCGAACUGCUGUUUUUUCUUUCUUUUUAUAUUUUUUCAUUCAGAUAAGAAAUUCACUACGGUCAGAGAAAAUAUGGAUAGAGAAGGUCAUUCCUUAUGAAAUAGAUCAAACAUUUGAUUCCAGAGAAAAGAUGAUCAUUAUAGAUGCAAUAAAUGAUGUAAUGGCAGGUGUAAAUAGAUGUAUCCAAUUUGUUCCAAGGGAAAAACAAGAAGACUUCGUGUAUAUCUCUGGGCAAGAGAGAGGUUGUUGGAGCAGUGUUGGCAAGAGAGGUGGAAAUCAAACAGUUUCGAUUUCACGUAGAUCUGGAUGCACAUCGAAAGGCAUAAUCAUGCACGAAUUACUACAUGCUCUUGGCAUUUGGCACGAGCAUAGUCGAGCUGACAGAGACAAAUACAUAGAAAUCCUUCAAAAUAAUAUAAGACCAGAUUAUUUGAGAAAUUUCAAGAUCCAAAACCAUGGUAAGCUACUAACCGCUUAUGACUACUAUUCCAUAAUGCAUUACAAGACCAACCAGUUUUCAAAGUGUUCCAUGUCGUUAAAAACAAUAAGAGUAAUUCAACCAGGAAUCGACGAAACGAAAGUAGGACAACGAGAACAGCUCAGCGACAAGGAUAAGGAAAAAGUCGCAACGCUUUAUCAGUGUAAAAGAAUUCAAACACAUCAGUAUUCAGCAAAUAAAGGAAUAACAUUUAGGACAAUGAUGGGGAAUCAAGCAAAAGCGUUCCGAGCAGUUGCAGGGAAUAAAAUAAAUCCACUUGGUGCAAUGUUUACAUCUCCAGUAUUAAAUAACAAAGCAAUGCUCCACUGUAUGUAUAAGAGAUACCGCAUAUUUCAAUAAUUUAUUAGGCUAUGAGCCUGAGUGAUAAAACUAUUGAAAAUUAUUGAUGAUUGUGGAAAAGUGUUUGUUAAAACCAAAGUUACAACAUUUUAAUAAAGAUGAUAAAUUCUGCCUAGCUUCAUCUAUAGACUAAUAAUAAUAUACCUAAUAUACAUAACAGUCAAAAUGAAUAAUUUGGUGUCAAUUAUGGCGGUCGAAAGUUAUGAUAAAUGCCUAUUGAAACCGUU